AUGGAGGGCUUUGCGGUGGCGAUGGAUCUCUUGGAGAAGAUGGGCAGCAGUGCGCGGCACUGCAGGGAGGUGUACCAGAAGCUCCACAACGACGAUGCCGCCGUGAUCCAGCGAGUUGAAGCGAUGCUCAGCGAAGCUGGGGCUGCCGUGGAGGAGGAUCGCGAGCGAAUGACUGGGUUGCUCCAAGAUUUGAAGCAGGAAGUCGACGCGACCGAUAAGAUGAUGGCUCGUUUGAAGAAUGCGGGAGUGAAUGACGCAGAACUGGAAGCUCUGACCAUUACGCUCAAACAAAUCAGAGACCAUGAGCAGGAUUUGGAGGAAGAAACCAGAGUUCUAAAAGACGAAGUGAACAGGAUAGAAACUCGUUUCAACUCCCUGGAGGCCAAGAAGGAAGAACUUAAAAAGCUCGAAGCGCUCCAGCAGCACAACACUCACGAGCUCUCUUUGUUCGCACAAGUCACUAGGAUCGUCCCGGACACCGAGUCUAUUGGGAGCUCUAUACUUACAGGCAGCAUCUUGGACGAGCAAAAGCGACUAAGGAGCGAAUUCAAGCUCAACACCACGGAGAAAUCUGAGUUUGAGACAUGCCGAGCUCUCUGGCGCAUGGAAGUCUAGUCUGAGCGAGAGUUUGCAAGGACGGUACAAACUCUGAAAGAACCAUUUGCUUCUUCGAGCAGCAAAAAUGUUGAUAGAAGGUUUUUUUUUUUCUUUCUUUUAUCGAUGGAGGCGAGUGGUAGUGAUGUACCGGCCCUUCUCAAGGUCAUAAAUGGUUUUCAACCGCGGUUUCCGG